GACGAAAGAGGUACACUGACGGACAUGAAUGUCCCCUUAUGCAUAUGGUACGGCAAGUACAGGAAGAGACAGCAUUCAUGCCCGUCACUGUACAUGGAAGGGGGAACGGACGAUCUGUUAGAGAGAGAACGCACGUGUUAGCCAACGUAUCCUACGUGGUAGAGAAAAAGAGAUGCACAUAGAAUCUGGCAGGGGUAUGUAUGUACAUGGAAGGGGAAUGGAGUCUGUAAGACAGAGAACGCAUGUGUUAGCCAACUGUAUUCGACACCACGGGAGAAAGAGAGAUGUGCAGAAGGAGGCGGGGUUUCUCCGAGAAGAGUGGGAAUGGACGAUCUGUAAGGGAGAGAACGCAUGUGUCAGUCAACUGUAUUCGACACCACGGAAGAAAGAGAGAUGUACAGAAGGAGGCGGAGUUUCUCCGAGAAGAGUGGGUGAGGCCCGGUAGACAGUGCCAGGUAAAGCGCCACCACCGCAAUCAACCAACCAACCAUAAAAAUGGCACUAAGGAGGUUAGGAUUUCUCAAGAAUCAGUAUAAAAAUGCCAUUCAGUUAACUCACAGGGACCUAACUGUUAGAUGCCUGUCGAAUGGAACCACCAUAAAGAAAGAUACAUGUAACGAUGAAGAUUUGGAUGCUCCUAUAAAAUACUCAACAUCCGAGGCUGCAACUUGGGAAGCCAAACAUAGUUUACGAAAUGUAGACGACGAUACACUUUGGUACCAAAGCCAUGUAGUAACUGUGAGUGUCGCUGUCUUCUUGAUCUACUUCUUAAUGUUGAGAGAAGAGAACGACAUAGAUAGACUAUUUGAUAGAGACAUGGAUCAAUGCUUGGAGGACACAAAACGAGAAGUUAAUCAUUAAAGGAUGAUAUAAAUAAAUUAACGCUUAUCUAUUAUUCUUCUGUCUAUUCCUUACUAAGCAUUGAAAAAAAUAUCUACAAUGCCAUUACUUGUUCUCUGAGAGUGUGCAACAAAUUCUACUAUAUUCAAUUGAUAUUUAGUCAAUUUGUAAUUAUGAUAAUGUAUGCAUUAAAGAAAGUAAUGACGUAGAACACAAUUGUAACAAUAAUAUUAUGUGCUUUAUAGAGGGUUUAAAAGAUUAAAAUUCCCACAGUCGAAUCGUUGUAAAUAGGGAGAAUAUAAUUCAUUUCUAUGAUAAAUAAAUUAAGAAAUCUGUUUAAAAUCGGUAAUGAUAAAAUACAGUUGAAUUUUUCUAAUAUGUUACAGUAA